AAAGCUUGAGAAAAAGACACAACUUCAAAAGCAGUUGCCACAAAUGGGUGACGAAACAAGAGGAGGCUCUAAUGAGCCUGCCACAGAACUUGAUGCAAGCACUGCCUAUUUUUCGGAGGUCUGCCGUUAAACACUUGGUUAAGAAUACGGGAAACAAUCUCUGUAGGAUUGUUAGGUAUUUUCUCAGACUGAUCUUUAUUUCUGGACAGGACAAACUAGCUGAAGGCAAUGGGAAGAACCUUAUCCCAGAGCCAAUUCCUUCUCAAACUCCUGAAGAAGCUGCUGUCCCUGAACAAGCUACUAUCUCUGAAGAAGAUCGACUGCUGCUCCAACUUUCGUCCACUAAACAGCUUCUUCAACUUCGAGAUGAACCGCAGGCCUCAAAUGCAGCAGAGUUAGCCAAACAAACUCUCAGGACUUGGCUUUCCAGAGACCUAGAAACGAUUUCCCCUCAUGAAAACUUUGGAGAGCUAAAGGAGGCUCUGGAAGUCCUCCAUGCUCAGAACCUGCUCCCUGAAGAACUGCUAAGGAUGCUUCGCAAAAUGUUCAUUGGCCACUUUGGUUUUGAUGCUCAUAUUGCUGAAAAAAUCAAAGAGAAACAAGAACUCCAUGAGUACACGAGGUUCUUGACUGAUCAUGAACAAGACCUGGCUAAGAUCAAACAUGGAGUAGAGAUAUGCCAAGCCUGUGAAGCUGAGCUGGAGGAAUAUGACUUGAAACUCGGCAGGGUCAAGGCAGAAUUGGCUGCAUUGGAACAGGGAAGAGCCGGACUUAUUAAGAAAAUUCAGGGAGUGAUGGGAGGCGUGGAGCCUAUCAAGAGGAAAUUAGAACAAGAAUCUUCUCAAGCUGAUCAAGUCAGGGCUAAAAGAUUUAAGCUAGAAGUUAAGGCAGAGUGUGUUAACGCUCUGUGGUUAGCCAUUAGGAAGGCUAUAAACAAUUAUUUUAGCUUCUAAACAUAUCAGCCAUAACUGUUGCCAUUUUAUGAACACAAAUGCCAUCAAAUAUUAUAUGGCCAAGAAAACUGGACCUUCAUCCAUAUUAUAUGGCAAUACAUAAUUUUAGUA